AGUCCAGCAGGGUUACUAUGCACUAGCUGUGCAAGGGGGGUGGGGCCUCAACACAAGACUGGCACAUAAGAAGGAAGGGAGAGAUAUAGAGGGAAGGAAGGAGAGAGAGAGUGUGAUAGAUAGAGGGGGGUAGAAUGACAGUUGAAAGAGUGUGUGUGUGUGAGAGGGUGAGAGAGAGAGUGAAGGAGAUCGCGAGCAAGCGGAGAGAGAGCUGAGAGCAAGAGAGUCCCUUCUGUCUCUGUCUCUGGUAGGGAGAGAUAGAGAGGAAACAAGGGAGAAACAGAGAGCGUGAAGGAGGGAGAGAGAAGAGAGAGAGCGUAGAGAUCUUUCUCUCUGUCUCUGCUGAAGCACAGGAGUCUAUGCCCGAGCUGGAUCCUUCAUAACUCCUUGUCCUCCUCUUCCUCUUGUUGUCUGCGCUGUCUUUAAAACGGAGGGAACCCUCGGACUCAGAGCUCAUCCGUUGCCGUGGCAAUGGGCUGUCGGCUCUCAGGGCCGUGGUUCGGUGAUGGAAUGGGGGUCAGUGGGCGGGAUCUGAGUCACCUGACUAAACGGGAUCUUUCUCACCUGAGCAAACGGGAUGCUCUUAGAAUCCUGGCUGCCUAUGAGCACCCAAUCACGCUGCAGAUCAAGGGCCAGCGUGGGAGGGGAUAUGGCUUACAUGACUGCAGCACACAGACGGAAAGACACUGGGAGCCCCUCCCCCUGGCCCCCCAUCUGGCCCUGCACAGUCUGGGGGUCACAGCAGCCGGGACCAUGCCCAGGGUCAACCCGGACGGGCACUACUGCAGCCACAUGAGUCUGCCUCGUGAUCACCGUGACAACGGGAGAUAUGAGUACCUGCCCAACGCUCCACGAGACAUAGAGGACAUGGAACCACUGGGCUACCAGGACCUGGAGCUGGACCGUCGUGUUCCAAGGGAUCGGAGCUGUUUGACUGGCUGCUGCAACACCAACCUUGAGGAGCCCAGCAGUUUCCACAGCCAGACUGAGGAUGAGGACUAUAUGUUGGAGAAACCUCUGGGCUACCUACCUCUCCACCAUGAGCUGGACAGUGGCCUGGGCUGGACCGACGGUAGCCUGCACCAGGGAGACCUCUCUGGCCUGGAGACUGAGGAGGGGGGUCUGGAGGAGUGUCACCCCAGGGGAGGAGGCUCCGGUGGGGGCCUGCUGGUCAGCGGAGGAGGGGGUGGAGGUGGUGGGUCUCCGUCCUCUGAAUCCUUCAUCUCGUCUGAGCUGAGUGACUCUGGCUUCUAUAGCGUGAGCACCGGAGAGUUUCGCCGUUUCCAGAGGCUGUUAGAGAAACGCAUGCGCCUGUACAACGCUCGUCUGCACCACCAAGGGGAGGUGUGUACACGGGAGCGCCGCGACAGCUGGCAGAAGAACCACAGAGAGCUGCUGGAGGCCAUCCCUGAGGCACUGACCAUGCAGCCCCAUCACUCCUCCCUCACGCCUGGCCUGACUGCUCCAUCCGUGGGCCCUCCACAUCGAGGACUCUUCAGGGUGUCGUCUGUCCAGUUCCGGAAGGCGGAUCGUCCCUGUCUGAGCAAACACAGCUCCAGCAGUGGCUCCCUCUUCAACCCCCAGCACACCCAUGGCCCCCUCUCUGUCCACGCCCCUGUCCUCUCCACCUGCAGUACCCCCUCUGGUCACCACAGGCUUCCGCUGCAGCACCAGGGCUCCAGCUCGGAGGGUCAGCUGAGGAGAAGCAGGACCCUGCACUACCGGGCUCCACCCCAGGAGCGUGUCAGACGGGCCAGUCACCCGUCCUCCCCCUCUUACGCCACCCUGCAGCACUGUGGAGUAGCUCCACUUAGAGGCCUGGAGCUGGGCCUGCCUGAAGAGGGAGAACCAGAACUAGUGCUCACACACCCAGCAGGACUUGCCCUCUCACCUCAGCACCAUGCAACCUCUCCGGGGGAACACAGAGGGGCCAUACCCUUACCCAGGGGACAUUACUGGGACAAUAGUGGAGGUCGUGACCAGCUGGUUAAUGACAGGAGGCAGCAGGAGAGGAGCUUCAUGACAGACCUACCAGUGUGGGAGAGGGAGCGAGAAAGAGAAAGAGAAAGAGAGAGGGAGCGAGAAAGAGAGCAAGAAAGAGAACGAGAAAGAGAUCAAGAAAGAGAACGAGAGAAAGAAAGAGAGCGGGAAAGAGAAAAACAAAGAGAGAGAGGAAGAGAGGUGCACCGCUUCCACACCCUCAGCCACCCACCCCAGACAUCCACGGACAUCCAUGAGACAUGGCCUAAACCAGCCAAGCGUCUGUCCCGCCAGGGGUCCGGGGGUGGUGGGGGCCUCUACAGCACCCUGGAGAGCCACACUGGGUUCGGGUCUGGGGUCGUUGGAGUGUCCAGGAUGGGCUCCAAUCCUAACCCCAACCCUGAUAUUACCCCCAACACCAACCCCAACCUUCCUAACCCUAACGCAAGGGCUGUGAGGAACCAGAUUCUUCGUGACCGGGCAUCGCGGCUAGCGGACGAGCGCAGCGGGAUGAGUACAGAUGAGGAGAGCCAGGAGGUGAUGAGGGGGAGGUACUGGAGCCGCACUGAGAGACGGGAGCACCUCCUACUGGCCCGCGAGCAGAAACAGCAGCAACAUCAACAACAGCAGGCCAGAGGGCAGCAGGCUUACACAAGGCCAGGAGCCAAUGGAGGAUCAGGAUCUAUGAGAGAUACAGGGGUCAACACAAGAGGAGGAGCUAUGGGUGGCCAGGGGGGGGGGGUUAACAGAGAAGGAGAGGCUAUGUCUGGAGGGGGAGGGUCUUUGGGAGACGGCCGGUGCAGCACGGUGCUGGAGCUCAGCCAAAAGAAGUUGAGUCGUCUGAGGAACAGGAAGCUGUUAGAUGAUUGGACGACGGUGGAGGAGCUGCUGACUCAUGGGACGAGGCUGGGCACCGGGGAGGAGAUGUCCCUCUGUCCCAGCUCACUACUGACUGUCACUACUGUAUAGAGUGUGUCUCUGAGUGUAUGUCUGUGUGUUUUUCCACCAUAAAGCACCAUGGACAAAAUUUGUUUGAGGGUAAGUGUAUGCGUGUGAGUAUAUAAGUGUGUGUCACCACUGUACAGCACCUCUGACAAAGUGUGUGUAUGUGUCAGACCUUCUUACUGACUACUGUAACGCACUGCAAGUCUGUAUCUAUUACAAUCUGUGUGUCUGUGUGAGGGAGGAUCGGUCUGUGUGUGUGUCUGCGCCAUGUCUGGCUACCUCAUGCUGAUGGGGUUUGUGAAACAAUUUGAAACACAAUACAAUAUCAUGUCAUUUUGUUGAUUUUAUCUUUGGGUAUUUUUGGGUGCAAAAAUGCUGCCUUGUGACAGCUGCCUUGAUGAAACUCUUACAUUUGGACUUUUAUGCCUCAACUAAAGUUGUGACUGAGAUUUCUAAAAGCAAUACUGCACUGUAAGAGAAUCCACCAGAAAACAGCAGCUUACUGGAGAGGAGAUAAGAUGCCACAACAAAGCUAGUGGAGCACUUUGUGGAUUGAUAACCACCCCACACAAUCAAUGUGUUUUUGUAUCAGAGAUCCUGUUUACAGUCUUAUAGGGGAAUGGUGCUGCAGUAGAAGAUUUUGCUACCGGAUGUGAUCGUGCUCAAACUACCUGGUACCCUUGAUUGCACAACAACCAACCCAACCCAUCCUAUCGUUGGCAUAAUGUUUACAUUGCCUGUCUAUUGAGGCAUUCAUUCUGUAUUCUGAAGUGGUUGUUCCAGAGAUAGGUACUGUAGAGUAGUAGGUAGAUGGUGUAGGCUGAGCUGGCCAGGGGUUGGUGGUUUGUUGCUGGAGGUCUCUGGAGGUCACGGCUGUUGUUGUUUAGUACAUAUUCAUUAUGGAACGUACGGUACAACACUAGGGUACAACACUAGGGUACAACGCUAGGUUACAACACUAGGGUACAACGCUAGGUUACAACACUAGGGUACAACGCUAGGGUACAACGCUAGGGUACAACGCUAGGGUACAACACUAGGGUACAACACUAGGGUACAACGCUAGGGUACAACGCUAGGUUAUAACACUAGGGUACAACACUAGGGUACAACGCUAGGUUACAACGCUAGGGUACAACGCUAGGUUACAACACUAGGGUACAACGCUAGGUUACAACACUAGGGUACAACGCUAGGGUACAACGCUAGGUUACAACACUAGGGUACAACACUAGGGUACAACACUAGGGUACAACGCUAGGUUACAACGCUAGGGUACAACGCUAGGUUACAACACUAGGGUACAACGCUAGGUUACAACACUAGGGUACAACACUAGGUUACAACGCUAGGGUACAACACUAGGGUACAACACUAGGGUACAACACUAGGGUACAAUGCUAGGUUACAACACUAGGGUACAACGCUAGGUUACAACACUAGGGUAUAACGCUAGGUUACAACGCUAGGUUACAACGCUAGGGUACAACACUAGGUUACAACGCUAGGGUACAACGCUAGGGUACAACGCUAGGGUACAACGCUAGGGUACAACGCUAGGGUACAACGCUAGGGUACAACGUACGGUACAACACUAGGGUACAACGCUAGAGUACAACGCUAGGGUACAACACUAGGGUACAACGUACGGUACAACACUAGGGUACAACGCUAGGGUACAACGCUAGGGUACAACACUAGGGUACAACGCUAGGGUACAACGCUAGGGUACAACGCUAGGUUAUAACACUAGGGUACAACACUAGGGUACAACGCUAGGUUACAACGCUAGGGUACAACGCUAGGUUACAACACUAGGGUACAACGCUAGGUUACAACACUAGGGUACAACGCUAGGGUACAACGCUAGGUUACAACACUAGGGUACAACACUAGGGUACAACACUAGGGUACAACACUAGGGUACAACGCUAGGUUACAACGCUAGGGUACAACGCUAGGUUACAACACUAGGGUACAACGCUAGGUUACAACACUAGGGUACAACACUAGGUUACAACGCUAGGGUACAACACUAGGGUACAACACUAGGGUACAACACUAGGGUACAAUGCUAGGUUACAACACUAGGGUACAACGCUAGGUUACAACACUAGGGUAUAACGCUAGGUUACAACGCUAGGUUACAACGCUAGGGUACAACGCUAGGUUACAACGCUAGGGUACAACACUAGGGUACAACGCUAGGGUACAACACUAGGGUACAACACUAGGGUACAAUGCUAGGUUACAACACUAGGGUACAACGCUAGGUUACAACACUAGGGUAUAACGCUAGGUUACAACGCUAGGUUACAACGCUAGGGUACAACGCUAGGUUACAACGCUAGGGUACAACACUAGGGUACAACGCUAGGGUACAACGCUAGGGUACAACACUAGGGUACGAAGCUAGGGUACGAAGCUAGUGUACAGUGCUAGGGUACAACGCUAGGGUACAACACUAGGGUACAACACUAGGGUACAACGCUAGGGUACAACACUAGGGUACAACGCUAGGGUACAACACUAGGGUACAACACUGGUGGACAAUGUGGUGUCACGCUCUAAUGUCUGUCAAUAUCUGUAUAAUAUUUGUUUCUCACUUAAUUGAUCAAUAGAUAGGGGUCAGAUGUCAAAUAGGCUUAUGACAGGGUUAUACAGGAUUAUGUCAGGGUUAUGUAGGCUUAUGUCAGGGCUAUGCAGCAAAUGUUAACUAAAGUCACUGUGGUAGGUAGUACUCAUACUAUCAUUGAUAACUGAAAUGAAAGGUGUGAUCAGAGGUGUGAUUUGCUUUUUGUGCAGCGUCAUCAGCACUCAUAAUUACUGGGGCUACAGGAUCACACACCUUAAUGCACUGUGUGUUUUUCACACACACUCACACAACCUGCAUGUGAUUCUUACACACACAGCAAGUAGGACUCACACUUGUCUGGUGUGGAGCUGAGAGAGGAAGAAGAACGAAGAGAACAACAGAGAGAGAGAUUAUAUAUAUAUACACAUAGAGAGAUAAAUAUAUAUAUAUAUACACACACAUAGAGAGAUAAAUAUAUAUAUAUAUAUACACACACAUAGAGAGAUAAAUAUAUAUAUAUAUAUACACACACAUAGAGAGAUAAAUAUAUAUAUAUAUACACACAUAGAGAGAGAUUAUAUAUAUAUAUACACACAUAGAGAGAUAAAUAUAUAUAUAUAUACACACAUAGAGAGAUAUUAUAUAUAUAUACACACAUAGAGAGAUAUUAUAUAUAUAUACACACAUAGAGAGAUAAAUAUAUAUAUACACACAUAGAGAGAUAAAUAUAUAUAUACACACACAUAAAGAGAUACAUAUAUACACACACAUAGAGAGAUAAAUAUAUAUAUACACACACAUAGAGAGAUAAAUAUAUAUAUACACACAUAGAGAGAUACAUUUAUAUAUACACACAUAGAGAGAUAAAUAUAUAUACACACAUAGAGAGAUAAAUAUAUAUAUAUACACACAUAGAGAGAUAAAUAUAUAUAUAUAUAUAUAUAUAUAUAUAUAUAUAUAUAUAUACACACAUAGAGAGAGAUUAUAUAUAUAUACACACAUAGAGAGAUAAAUAUAUAUAUAUACACACAUAGUUUAUACAUAUACACACAUAGAGAGAUAAAUAUAUAUAUAUAUAUACACACAUAGAGAGAUAAAUAUAUAUAUACACACAUAGAGAGAUAAAUAUAUAUAUAUACACACAUAGAGAGAUAAAUAUAUAUAUAUACACACAUAGAGAGAUAAAUAUAUAUACACACACAGAGAGAUAAAUAUAUAUAUACACACAUAUAGAGAUACAUACACUGCUCAAAAAAAUAAAGGGAACACUUAAACAACACAAUGUAACUCCAAGUCAAUCACACUUCUGUGAAAUCAAACUGUCCACUUAGGAAGCAACACUGAUUGACAAUAAAUUUCACAUGCUGUUGUGCAAAUGGAAUAGACAAAAGGUGGAAAUUAUAGGCAAUUAGCAAUACACCCCCCAAAACAGGAGUGAUUCUGCAGGUGGUGACCACAGACCACUUCUCAGUUCCUAUGCUUCCUGGCUGAUGUUUUGGUCACUUUUGAAUGCUGGCGGUGCUCUCACUCUAGUGGUAGCAUGAGACGGAGUCUACAACCCACACAAGUGGCUCAGGUAGUGCAGUUCAUCCAGGAUGGCACAUCAAUGCGAACUGUGGCAAAAAGGUUUGCUGUGUCUGUCAGCGUAGUGUCCAGAGCAUGCAGGCGCUACCAGGAGACAGGCCAGUACAUCAGGAGACAUGGAGGAGGCCGUAGGAGGGCAACAACCCAGCAGCAGGACCGGUACCUCCGCCUUAGUGCAAGGAGGUGCACUGCCAGAGCCCUGCAAAAUGACCUCCAGCAGGCCACAAAUGUGCAUGUGUCUGCUCAAACGGUCAGAAACAGACUCCAUGAGGGUGGUAUGAGGGCCCGACGUCCACAGUUGGGGGUUGUGCUUGCAGCCCAACACCGUGCAGGACGUUUGGCAUUUGCCAGAGAACACCAAGAUUGGCAAAUUCGCCACUGGCGCCCUGUGCUCUUCACAGAUGAAAGCAGGUUCACACUGAGCACAUGAGCACAUGUGACAGACGUGACAGAGUCUGGAGACGCCGUGGAGAACGUUCUGCUGCCUGCAACAUCCUCCAGCAUGACCGGUUUGGCGAUGGGUCAGUCAUGGUGUGGGGUGGCAUUUCUUUGUGGGGCCGCACAGCCCUCCAUGUGCUCGCCAGAGGUAGCCUGACUGCCAUUAGGUACCGAGAUGAGAUCCUCAGAGCCCUUGUGAGACCAUAUGCUGACACAUGCACAUUUGUGGCCUGCUGGAGGUCAUUUUGCAGGGCUCUGGCAGUGCACCUCCUUGCACUAAGGCGGAGGUACCGGUCCUGCUGCUGGGUUGUUGCCCUCCUACGGCCUCCUCCACGUCUCCUGAUGUACUGGCCUGUCUCCUGGUAGCGCCUGCAUGCUCUGGACACUACGCUGACAGACACAGCAAACCUUUUUGCCACAGUUCGCAUUGAUGUGCCAUCCUGGAUGAACUGCACUACCUGAGCCACUUGUGUGGGUUGUAGACUCCGUCUCAUGUUACCACUAGAGUGAGAGCACCGCCAGCAUUCAAAAGUGACCAAAACAUCAGCCAGGAAGCAUAGGAACUGAGAAGUGGUCUGUCGUCACCACCUGCAGAAUCACUCCUGUUUUGGGGGGUGUCUUGCUAAUUGCCUAUAAUUUCCACCUUUUGUCUAUUCCAUUUGCACAACAGCAUGUGAAAUUUAUUGUCAAUCAGUGUUGCUUCCUAAGUGGACAGUUUGAUUUCACAGAAGUGUGAUUGACUUGGAGUUACAUUGUGUUGUUUAAGUGUUCCCUUUAUUUUUUUGAGCAGUGUAUAUAUAUACACACAUAGAGAGAUAAAUAUAUAUACACACAUAGAGAGAUAAAUAUAUAUACACAUAUAGUGAGAUAAAUAUAUAUACACAUAUAGUGAGAUAAAUAUAUAUACACACAUAGAGAGAUAAAUAUAUAUAUACACACAUAGAGAGAUAAAUAUAUAUAUACACACAUAGAGAGAUAAAUAUAUAUACACACAUAGAGAGAUAAAUAUAUAUACACACAUAGAGAGAUAAAUGUAUAUACACACAUAGAGAGAUAAAUAUAUAUACACACAUAGAGAGAUAAAUAUAUAUACACAUAUAGAGAGAUAAAUAUAUAUAUACACACAUAGAGAGAUUAUAUAUAUAUAUAUAUACACACAUAGAGAGAUAAAUAUAUAUACACACAUAGAGAGAUAAAUGUAUAUACACACAUAGAGAGAUAAAUAUAUAUACACACAUAGAGAGAUAAAUAUAUAUACACACAUAGAGAGAUAAAUAUAUAUAUACACACAUAGAGAGAUAAAUAUAUAUAUAUACACACAGAGAGAUAAAUAUAUAUACACACAUAGAGAGAUAAAAAUAUAUACACACAUAGAGAGAUAAAUAUAUAUAUACACACAUAGAGAGAUAAAUAUAUAUAUAUAUACACACUAUAUACACACAGAGAGAUAAAUAUAUAUACAGUUGAAGUUGGAAAUUUACAUACACUUAGGUAGGAGUUAUUAAAACUUAUUUUUCAACCACUCCACUAAUUUCUUGUUAACAUACUAUAGUUUUGGCAAGUCGCUUAGGACAUCUACUUUGUGUUUACACAAGUCAUUUUUCCUACAAUUGUUUACAGACAGAUUAUUUCACUUAUAAUUCACUGUAUCACAAUUCCAGUUGGUCAGAAGUUUACAUACACUAAAUUGACUGUGCCUUUAAACAGCUUGGAAAAUUCCAGAAAAUGAUGUCAUGGCUUUAGAAGCUUCUGAUAGGUUAAUUGACAUCAUUUGAGUCAAUUGGAGGUGUACCUGUGGAUUUAUUUCAAGGCCUACCUUCAAACUCAGUGCCUCUUUGCUUGACAUCAUGGAAAAGCGGCCAUCACAAAGCCCUGACCUCAAUCCCAUGGAAAAUGUGUGGGCAGAACUGAAAAAGCGUGUUCGAGCAAGUAGGCCUACAAACUUGACUCAGUUACACCAGCUCUGUCGGGGGGAACGGGCCAAAAUUCACCCAACUUAUUGUGAGAAUCUUGUGGAAGGCUACCCGAAACGUUUGACCCAAGUUAAACAAUUUAAAGGCAAUGCUACCAAAUACUAAUUGAGUGUAUGUAAACUUGCGACCCACUGGAAAUGUGAUGAAAGAAAUAAAAGCUGAAAUAAAUCAUUCUCUCUUCUAUUAUUCUGACAUUUCACAUUCUUAAAUAAAGUGGUGAUCCUAACUGACCUAAAACAGGGAAGUUUUACUAGGAUUAAAUGUCAGGAAUUGUGAAAAACUGAGUUUAAAUGUAUUUGGUUACGGUGUAUGUAAACUUACGACUUCAACUGUAUAUAUAUAGACAUAGAAAUAAAUAAUAUAUAUAUAUAUAGAGAGAGAGAGAAUGUUGGAUUGCUUGCUCUCUCCUCAAGGUGUUCCACGUCACACUCGGCAUGACUCAAACACCCUGAAUAAUGGAUGAACAAGAUAGGAUUUAUUCCCUUCAUCCCCCUCCCUCUAUAUGUGAGGAUUAUCAAGGCUGAAAAUAGCCCUCCUUUCCUAGGAGAAGUGAAAGCACACAGGAGAGACACUUGUGUUUUAAAGCUCUGCACACCUCAGUUUUUUCUCUACCCACACUGUACUGUUUCCCCUCAGACUGUUUCCCUGCCAAUCUCUGCUUCUGCUCAUUUUCACUUUUCAGAAGACUCUUUUUGGAAUGAGGAUGAUGUACAUGUGAUUGUAAUAAAGAUAUUUUAAUUAGCUACUAAAA